CCAGGCCCGGCAGGAUGGGGUCAGCCUGUGUCAAAGUCACCAAGUACUUUCUCUUCCUCUUCAACCUGCUCUUCUUUAUCCUGGGCGCGGUCAUCCUGGGCUUCGGGGUGUGGAUCCUGGCCGACAGGAGCAGCUUCAUCUCUGUCCUGCAGACCUCGUCGGGCGGGCUCAAGGUGGUGGCCUACGUCUUCGUCAGCGUGGGGGCCGUCACCAUGCUCAUGGGCUUCCUGGGCUGCCUCGGCACGGUCAGGGAGGUCCGCUGUCUGCUGGGCCUGUACAUCACCUUCCUCCUCCUGAUCUUCGUCGCCCAGGUCACGGCUGGAGUCCUCCUCUACUUCAACAUGGGCAAGGUGAAGCAGCAGAUGAGCGACAUCGUGAUCCAGCUCAUCCGGGACUACAGGGACAACAAGGAUGACAGCCUGCAGGAGGCCUGGGACUACGUGCAGGCUCAGGUACAGUGCUGCGGCUGGCAGAGCUCCUACAACUGGACGGACAACGCCGAGCUCAUGAAUCGCACCAACGUCACCUUCCCCUGUUCCUGCAAAAAGAGCCAGGGCGAUGACAACCUCCUGGAGAGGAAGGGCUUCUGCGAGGUCCCGAGCAACACAAGCCAGAGCGGCAACAACCCCGAGCUCUGGCCCGUGUACACGGAGGGCUGCAUGAAGAAGGUGCAGGAGUGGCUGCAGGAGAACUUGGGUGUCAUCCUGGGCGUGUGCGUGGGCAUCGCUGUCAUUGAGCUCCUGGGGGUGCUCCUGUCUGUCUGCUUGUGCCGGCACAUCCAUUCCGAAGACUACAGCAAGGUGCCCAAGUACUGAGGCAGCCGCUGUCCCCAGCUCCCUGCCCGUCCCCCAGCCUCGGGCUCCGGGGCUCCCUGGCUCCCUCCUCCAGGCCCGCCUCCCCCCUCACUGCCGAGGCCCCUUGCCCGUCCUGUGCUGGCUGGAAGUGGGGGGCUUUCUGGGGCCUGGACCCCUCUCCCUGUCUGUCUGCCUCCGGCUUUGAGCCCGGCUGUUCCGUGGCUCCUCUGCUCCCUGCCUGCAGGGUUCUCUUGGCAGCUCCGAG